CGACGUGGUUUACUUCUUCACAGCUCAACGAGCUUAGAACUAGAAGCAAUUGUAUAGGUGUUACGCGCAGAUAUAGGGUAGAGUCUCGUGGACGACAACAACCAAUACAGAGGUAUCAGAUGUUAGUGUGUAAUCAAAGCGAAGCAGACGAAGAGAUCACAUCAUCAGAGACGGGCUCAAAAUACUUCUCAUCAUGAAGGUAGCUGUGAAGAUCCUCGAUCUGUACUUUCUUUGCUGGUUUCUCCUAGCAACAGUCAAUGGUCAUCCAUUUCCGUGUACAGUGAACGACAGUACUCCAAUCGUAUGGUUAGGUGGUGAACAACAAGCGUACGACUGUAAAGAGGACUCACCAGGUUGUCCAUACUUUGGCCUUGACUCCAUCUGUGAUGACCCUGAUGGCGGUGAAUUUCCACCGUGUGUAAACGGCAACAAGCUCCUGUGCGCCUCUCCACCAGCUGUUCCGUUGACCAAUCCUACAUCAGUUUCAACACUUCGGGUGCUUGCCUACAACAUUCUUGAAGUACCGUACCCGACCUGGCAAUGUGGUCAAAGAGAACGAACCUGUCGCAUUCCACACGAAGUGUUCCGGCUGCACCCUGAUCUUGACGUUAUUGUCUUCAACGAAUUGUUCCAGGGAGGAUGUUUCUCCAUGUUCGACCCUGCUAUUGAUUCGAGUGUCCUCAAUUUCAGAGACAUCCUUACCCAACUUGGCUUUAGCCAUUUCACUGAAAACGUUGGACAACCAGUUCAGCCUCCCCAUCUCUUUAACGGCGGGACAUUUAUUGCUUCAAGAUGGCCUAUUGUUCGAAAUGACAGUCACGUCUAUACUGCUGCUGAUAAUUCUACAUGGGAGUAUCUGGCUGCUAAAGGAGCAGUAUACGCUGAGAUCAUUAAAACGGUUGGGAAAUCUAUGAUGACCUAUCACAUUGUUGGUACUCAUAUGCAGUCUACUGAUACACCUUUAUCCGAAAAAGUCCGUGUUAAACAGGCAGAAGAAAUGCGUAUUUUGAUGGAGAUGCAGAAUAUAUCACCUAAUGCACCUGUCAUAUAUGCAGGAGAUUUAAAUGUUAUAAAUGGAACGUCACAUGGUACUGACGUAAUUGACAUGUUAAACGCCACACAACCAUCCAACAUUGGAGAGUACAUGUACACCUACCAUGGACCAGAGAAUGACCUCGUCAAUCAUACGGAGUAUUUGAAUGAUACAGGCUGGAUUGAUUACGUACUCUACAGCAACAAUCAUCUCCAACCUACAAAUGCUUCUGUGGAAGUGGUACGCCCUCAACUGGCCGAACCCAUUGAUAUCUGUGUAUCUGCCAAUGAGUUAAUCCCAAUCUACGCAACAUCUAAUCGAUGUCUUCGACGCAUCCAAACACGUGAUCUCUCUGAUCACUUUGGAGUCUUGGGCGUUUUUAAGUUCAGUGAAAACGGCACCCCGUCAGCAACGGACGCCAUCAUUGAUCCACUUUCCAUCUUUCUCCUCACUCUGCUUGGGAUACUAGUCAACUAAUUGUCCUUUCAAUAUUGAGAGGAUGCAAUUAUCAUAAUGUGGUAUGUCUCGUACCCGGAUAACUGGUCUAUUAAAGUAUAAUUAUAUUCAGAUUUUUUGACCUAUACUCAUCACAAACUGCUAAUUAUGCGGGAAAAUGUUAUUUUAAGGACUGUAUUGUAUAUUGUAUAUUGUAACUAGGCGUUGAGGCGUGCGCCUGUUAUCCAGCUAAAAUUACAAACUGAUUCAGCCGAGGACGCAGGUUCAAAUCUGAGUCACGUUUUUCGGAUGGUGACGUUUAAAGGUCGGUCCCCAGACGUAAAUAAUCAUAUCUGAUUGACAGACGUCUGUAAGAACACAAUAUAUACCCGUAUUGUGUUGUUAUGCACAUAGCACGUACAUUUUGAUUUGAUUUUGAAUUAUUGAUUUUCUGCAUUUUUCAUACAAAAAUAAUCAGUGACAGUAGAACAGUUUGUACAUAGUGGUAAUAUUUUUCAAAUCACAAUGAAUAACACAAUUUAUGAAACAAACUGUUGGGAACGAUUAUUGACUCAUCAAACUGAGAAUAGCUGCAGCGUACGUAUGCGUGCGCUUGAAGUGCAUGCAGCUCUUUGACUUAUGGUUACAGUGACAACAGAAUAUGAUGAUAUAAACAGUUUUUU